AUGGAUCUUGAAACAGUUGAUGACUGUGAACAAGAUUACAACACAUUAAUUAAAUGGAAAGAACAACAUCCAAAAAUUACAAAGUCUGCUCAAGCACCGGUAGAUCUUAUAGAACAAUCGCAAAUUGCAAAUGAGAUGUUUGUGCUAAACUUCAUUGUACUUUUUGUGAACUCAAUCAUAAAGAAAACGACAUCUGGAUACAUAGAAACAAGAUCUUUGCUGAAGUUGACUAAAGUUGAGAAUAAAGAAAAUAUCAAUUGGUGCAAAAGAAUAAGACCACUUCACUUCUGGAACUAUGGGAGACUGAAAACAAGACAAACAAAUGAAAUUGCAAAUGGAAAAUUUGGAAUGGUACAAAUUUUUGAAAAUAUGGAGAAGAUUGAAGAUGAUGAAGAAGAAUAUGUUGAUUUGGAUAAGGAAGAGAGUGAAAAGAAUAAAGAGGAAUUUUUAGAUUCAUAUGACAAUGAUGAUAUUGGUGUAGAGAUAAUAUAA